UCUGUUUACUGAAUUGUAUUGCCGGAAAGUCGUGUUUCGUGUUUAGUUUAGCGAAAACUUCAGCAACAUAACAAAAAAGCAAAAUGCUGCGUCGCCAGGCCCGUCUUCGCAGAGAAUACCUUUAUCGGAAGGCGGUCGAGAGCAAACACAAAUUGCAGCAGGACAAAAAGGAACGUAUCAAGCAGGCACUCGAGGAACACAUACCGAUCCACGGCGAUUUGCGGAAGGAUGCACUAGCUCUACAGGAGAAACUGAAAUGGACUGACCAGGGACCGAAACGGGCUGCCGAAAUUGGAGGCGAAAGUGGUGGUGCCAACACGGCCGACUCAAAGGACGACGAGUACCGAUUCGCCGGCUGCGAAGAUCCGAAGAUCAUGAUCACAACAUCGCGCGACCCCUCGAACCGGCUAAAGCAAUUCGUCAAGGAGCUCCGUUUGAUCUUUCCCAACGCACAGCGCAUGAACCGUGGUAACUAUGAGAUGAAACAGCUGGUGCAUGCCUGCCGGGCAAACAACGUAACCGACUUUAUCGUCGUGCACGAGCACAAGGGUGUUCCGGAUAAUCUCAUCAUUUCGCACCUUCCGUACGGACCGACGGCAUGUUUUACCCUGUCCGGGGUAGUGAUGCGCCACGAUAUUCCCGACAUUGGAACGAUGAGUGAGCAGAAGCCACAUCUGGUUUUUCACAACUUCAAGACGAAACUGGGCGCGCGUACCAUGUCCAUAUUGAAGUUCCUCUUUCCGGUACCGAAGGAAGAUUCGAAACGUGUUAUGACGUUCGCCAACCACGAUGAUUACAUUAGCUUCCGGCACCACACGUACCGGAUGGUGGAAAAACAGCUAGAGUUGACCGAAGUUGGACCACGGUUUCAGCUGAAGCUGUAUCAAAUCAAGCUAGGCACGUUGGACGAGCUGGAUGCGGCGGACACUGAGUGGGUUUACAGACCUUACAUGAAUACGGCAGCGAAGAGAAGGUUUCUCUCGGACGACGACGGCUGGCAGCAGGAUGAUGUCCCUCAGUAAUACCACUUUGCGCAAUAAAACAAGUUUCGACCAAUAAUGGUUCGU